GGACUGUUUGAGGCGUUUAGGGGUGGGGCCUUCCGCUCCGGUGCCUAACAAAAUAACAGUUGUUGCCAGAUGCCAGGCACCUCCUGCAGAUUUAGGGUCACUCCAAGGGCUGGAUUGUUGGCGAAUCGCUAGGACUGUCCCGGAGCCCUGGCCUAGUCUGUGUCCUCUGGCGGAUUCCAGAAAGCCGGAAGGAGGUGGGAUCUGGAGCCAAACGGCUGGACAUUAGGAAGCAAGAGGCCGGUGAACCUCAGAGAGGUCCCACCUGGGAACCAGAGCCUUAGGCAGGGCCAUGGCUACGCGGUCCUCCAGGCCGCGGAGGGGAGCUGGCAGGGGUGCCGCCAAGCGGGGCCUGGGGAACAUGGGGGCCUGGACAUCCAGGGCCCGGGUCCCCACGCGGGAGCCCGACCCCCGGGAGGUGCUGGACCUGAGCCGCCUGCCCCCGGAGCUGCUCCUGCUGGUGCUGAGCCACGUGCCCCCGCGCACGCUGCUGCUGCGCUGCCGCCGGGUGUGCCGCGCCUGGCGAGCCCUGGUGGAUGGCCAGGCCCUGUGGCUGCUGCUGCUGGCCCGGGACCGCAGCGCCGCCGGCCGCGCCCUGCUGUCGCUCGCCCGCCGCUGCCUGCCCCCCGCCCGCGAAGGCGUGCCCUGCCCGCUGGGCCAGUUCUGCCUACGGCGACCGCUGGGACGCAACCUCAUCAGCAACCCCUGCGGCCAAGGUGAGCAGCGCCGAGCGCGGCGAGGGCGGGGCCGCCAGAGGACCGUUGCGCAAGAAGGCCUCCGCAAGUGGAUGGUUCAGCAUGGCGGGGACGGCUGGGUGGUGGAGAAGAACAGGAAGCCCGUGCCCGGGGCCCCCUCCCAGACCUGCUUUGUGACUUCCUUCAGCUGGUGUCGCAAGAAGCAGGUGGUGGACCUGGAGGAGGAGGGUCUGUGGCCAGGACUGCUGGACAGCGGCGGUGUGGAGAUUGCCGUCUCUGACUGGUGGGGGGCUCGCCACGACUGCGGCUGCAGGUACCGGCUCCUCGUCAAGCUCCUGGACGCGCACCAGAACGUCCUAGACAAGUUCUCGGCUGUGCCCGACCCCAUCGAACAGUGGAACAACAAUAUCUACCUGCAGGUGACCCACGUGUUCUCCAACUUCAGGAGGGGCGUCCGGUUCGUGUCUUUUGAACACUGGGGUCAGGACACGCAGUUCUGGGCUGGCCACUACGGGGCCAGGGUGACCAACUCCAGCGUGAUGGUGCGCGUCCGUCAGUCCUAGUUGAAGGCCGCCUGCCGAGUUGGCGAGCCAA